AUGGGAGAUAAAGACGCUCCAGACGGCGAUAUGGCUGCUGCCUCCAAAGUCGAGACCGCUGCCGAGGCCACUCCCAGCUCUCUCGAAUCGACUCCCGAGCAGGAAGCAGGCGUAGAGCCAACCCAAGAACCCGCACAACCCCAGAAACGUAAGGGUGGAAGGAAGCCCGUAAGUCCAUGUGAUGACUCGUGUCGCCUGUCGUCCCUCGCUUACCUCGUCGCAAGAUAUACGCUACGUCCGAGGAGAGGAAGCAGCGAAACCGUCAAGCGCAGGCGGCGUUUCGCGAGCGAAGGACCGAAUACAUCAAACAGCUGGAAGCUACCAUCAAACAGAAUGAAGAUACGCUGGCCAAUCUGCAGCAAAGCCAUCGGACUGCCGCAGACGAGUGUCUCAUGCUCCGAUAUAAAAAUUCCUUACUCGAGAGAAUUCUGCUCGAGAAAGGUACGGCCGCGAUUUCGCUGCAACUGAACUGCUUUGCUGACUGCCAACAGGCAUUGACGUCCAGGCGGAACUGCAGAUGAAGACCGGCAGCCCAGUGGUAGGGCAUGGCUUCAUGCAACCCGUCACUGGGGUCUCGCAACCAUCUCAGUUGCAACGAACAGCCCUACAGCGGCAGCAAGCCAGGCGUUCAGGCAGCCAAAACUUCUUGCCCAAGCUCGCACCGGGCCAGCCAAAUCCCGACCUGAGCUUUUCUGCCAAUUCUCCGCACGCACACCCGACCCCCUCUUCACACGCUUCCUCGCCAAGUCAGAUGUCCAUGAGGUCUCCCAUGAAUAUGCAACAAGGUGGGAUGACUCCACCGACGUCCGCUGUAAACGCUCAGCCACAGGCACAGCAUUUCCAGACAUUGGGCGCGCGAACGUCGCAGCAUCAACCUAGCUCGGCCUAUUACCAAGCCCAACAACCUUCGCAUAUCCAACGAGCGACCCACCGAGCGACUCCGUCCACGUACCGAGGCAGCGCGAGCGGCGCAUCAAGUGUCUCUGGUGGCAGUCUCCCCAACAUGAGCCAGGCAAUGAGUGCCACGGCCACGGGAGCAACAGCCCCCCAAUCAGCAUCGACCUUCUUCCCAGGCCCAUUCCAGAAACACUACGAUCAGCUCGGCAAGUUGACCCCUUAUCUUCACAGUGGGACUGUGUUCGUCCUAGGCUGAUUCCGUGAGUACAGACCAGGAGUACGAUACGCAACACUCCCAAUCCAUUCUCGAAGAGCCGGAGCAAGAUGGCCCGGCCCCAGAACGAUCGCCUCGACUGCAUGGUUCAUAUCCGCCGCAAUAUAAUCAUGCACAAGGACAGCAGGGUGUCGAAUACUUCCAUUCGUCACAGGACAUGCAAGCAGGCGCCCAGCAGCAAUUGCAACAACAGGCACAAUUCGGACAGCCGCACAUGCCAUCGAACCAGACUGGUGGUUCUGACGGGCAAUACGAUGUCGACCCUAGCGACCCCAUGCUCGAUGCUGAUCCGUUCGGACUGUCUGCAAGUAUGCACUAUCCAACCAACUAUUCUUUCGAUCAGCAUCAAAGUCAACGGUGA